CAAAUCGUACACGAAAUGUGUCCUACUUUACAAGACAGUACCUUGCAUUCAUAAGGACAAAGGCACUUGCAAGAUUUUGGUAUGAACUCAGAGAACAAUUUGGGAGGUGUAACUGAAGCUUGUGAAAACAAUAUAAAUGGGGAUAGUUGAAGCCAAUCCUGUUGGAAAUGCCCCACAAAUGGUUCAAGCUGUAGCUUCAUAUGCUCCGAAGCACAAACCUGGUCAGCCACCAUCUAUUGGUGUCCCCUGGAGCACUGGAUUAUUUGAUUGCCAUGAAGAUCAAGCCAUUGCUUUUAUGACAGCAAUUUUGCCAUGCGUAACAUUUGGACAGAUAUCAGAGAUCCUGGAGAAUGGAGAGAUGAAAUGUGCAUUAGGGUCAUUUAUCUACCUGCUGUUGAUGAUGCCUGUAUUCUGCUUUCAGUGGAUAAUGGGAUCCAAGUACAGAACCAAGCUGAGGCAGAGGUUUAAUCUUGUUGAAGCUCCUUAUUCUGAUAUUGUCUCUCACAUCUUUUGCUCUUGUUGCUCUCUCUGCCAGGAGUUCAGGGAGCUCCGUAACAGGGGUUUUGAUCCCGCUAAAGGAUGGGAUGGUUUACUUGCUGAGCAGCAGCAGGCUACUGGAACAUACGUAACCCAGCAUAUGAGCACUCCUCCCCAACUUCAAUUCAUGUCAAAGUAGAGAUUCCUUUUUAUUUUUGCAUUCAUUGCCGGCCAUUUGUUUUUUUGUUACCAUUUACGUGUACUAGUUCCUAGACUAGAUUUCCUACCUGUACAGUACAAAUAAAUAUCCUGGUGAUAUAUUGAUAUGAAGCGGGAAGAGCUUGUGGCGGGACCGGGCUUGGGCCCACUUCCGUGGGCCGGUUACGGGCUGUCUUUAUAAUUAUUUAUUAUUAUUUUAAGUUAAUGUUAUGUUUUGGUUUGGGCCUUUUAUUAGUAGAGUACUUAGUAGAGUAGUAUGGGCCUAAUUAGGAUUUAAUUAAUUUGGGCUUGAUUAGGGUUGCUUGUAGAAGGCUAUUUAUACCCCUCACCAGGGUUCUUUCUUAUCAUCUUGGAAUAAAAGUUUGGUUUAGCC